AUGGGAUCGUACAGUAGGUAGCUGCUGAACACAUUAACCAGACACUAAUUUGGAAGCACUUUGACAAACUGUCGUUUUACUCUAGAUAUCAGUUGCUAUCUACGUGUCCAACUAAACGUAUCACGUUUUCUAGCGAUAAACCAGCACUAAACUUGCCAUCCCAAAAACCUCGAACCGAGAAGGUUGGAUGACAUCGUCGCUUGAACUUAAAAGACUGCUCACCCCUUUUAUAUCUAAUUCACAUCAGGCAAGCGCAUGACAACUGUACGGGCUAACAUUUUUUCAUUUUACUAGCUGGAGCAUCAAAGAUACAAUCGAAUUUUUUAUCUUUAUUUUGAUAACUUUUUUUCAACGCAAACGCUAGCCAACCUGUUUGUUUGUUUGUUUCAUUUUGUUUAUUUUUUGGCUAGCAGGUCACCACACGGAAAUUUUUAAACGUUAAACAUCUGUUGAUUUUGUUUUUGUCCACAAGUCGUCAUUUUCGAAACAAACGACUAUAUUAAUCAAACAAAAGUGUUCUUCUCAUAAGUGUUAGCGUCAGUCUGGUUUACCCAGUUGUCAUCAAACCUUUUGAACAUCAUUAGGCAUCGAGGAAGAGACCAGUUUCACUUUUAACUGACUGGUACUUCAAUUGGGACCUUUAACUUUUAAAUGCACCGAUUCGUGCAGGAACAAGUCAUUUGACCUGUCGCCUUUCUAAAAUAGCAACUGACAUUACAGCAAAGCGCCAUUGUUCAAAACAAAAACAAGAGGUAGGACCUGAAGAAGGAAGAAGGUUGGGUACAGUCACGGAAUCCCUCAUUGGAUUGAUAUAUUAUUAUCAGUGUUAUUGUUAAAAAUGGCGGCGAUCGGAAUGGUGCAGAUGUUGAUCGAAGCAGCAGAGUACCUCGAUCGAAGGGAAAGAGAAGCUGAACAUGGCUAUGCCUCCAUGCCACCCUUCAUCAGCAGCCGGGAGAGGGAAAGCUUGAAAAGGAAAAGCAAAAGCAAGAAAAACACAAGUAGCAGGUCUACACAUAAUGAAAUGGAAAAGAACAGACGGGCGCAUCUACGGCUGUGUUUAGAACGCUUGAAAUCCCUCGUUCCCCUGGGACCAGACGCCAACAGACACACCACUCUCAGCCUGCUGAUGAAGGCCAAAGAUCAUAUCAAGAGGUUAGAGGAGAGUGACAGGAAAGCUCAGCACACCCUGGAGCAGCUACAGCGUGAGCGGAGACACCUGAGGAGGCGUCUAGAGCAGCUGGGGGUGGAGAGGACCCGCAUGGACAGUACCGGCUCCACUCGGUCCUCCAUCAAGUCUGACUCGGACCAGGAGGACCUAGAUGUGGAUGUGGAGGGGACAGACUACCUGCUGGGUGACCUGGAGUGGAGCACCAGCAGUGUGAGCGACUCAGGGGAUGAGCGAGGAAGCCUGCGCAGCAGCUGUAGUGACGAGGGUUACUCCAGCGCCAGCCUGCAGCGCCUGCAGGACACUCAGGAGAAGGCCAAGCAGCUGGGCUGCAGCCUAUAAACAGCACUGGUCACUGACAACUCCCACCUCCUCCCUUUUCCCAGUCGCAUCCCAAGAUCCCAUUACCACUCCUUUUUUCCACUAGGACCUCACCCCUCCCCUCCCCAUUUCCCCUCCUCUCCCUGUUAGGACUGACCAAGUGAAGGCCUCUCGUCCAGCCAGGCCUCAGCGGACUUCCUGUCGACCCCGUGACUUCCAUUCAGACUUCAACACUUUUGAGACACCCACCCACAUCCAGCACUUCAUCAGCGGUCAGUCUUAAGGGUGUCACCUGCUCGGCCUGCUCUGCACCAAUCAAACGAGUGGGAUUGUAAAGACACUCCGCCCUUCCCUCCUUCAACAAAAGCAACUUUCAGCCAGAGAAUGUUACCACACAAUGUCCCACUGCCUCUUUUUCUAUGCCUCAAGAGCCAUGGGAAGCACUUAUAAGAUUUUACUCCUAGUCUGACACACGCACCCAUACACAUACAUUAACACACACACAUACACACACCUUUCCAUUGCUCUUAUUUGUCCAGUGAGACCUCUUUAAGGUGCGACGCUGACAUGAUGUGGGAUUUUUACCACCCUGUUCACUAGUCGGCCACCUGUGCAUGAGCCCUUGCACUUAAAUUGUGAACAAAAGUAAAAAAAAUUUCUGACAACAUCUCCUGAAAAGGCCCCUACUGCAGCUGCGGUAGGAAUGCUGCCAGAUUAAGUGAAUGUUUUUAAAACAUGCCGCGGACAUUAAACUAGACUGCUAAUGGUGUUACACUGUUCAGGCCGGCAGUAACUUUGAGCCAACAUUCUUCAGUACCCAGGCUUUGGCAGGCAGGUUCGCAGCAAUUUCAUGUCCACACCUGCCAUUCAGAGGAAAAAAGAAAAGCAAACAAACACCAAAAAAUCCUAAAAGGAAAAAAAAAAAAAUUAUGCAGCAUGAGAUUGUGAAGGGGCCUAGGGUUAUGGGAGGGUGAUGGGGGUGGGUUUGAUAUUUUCUGCCUCUCUCUGAUGACUGUGGCGUUUUUACAGCAUCCCCUUCCCACAUGUGUGUAUGCUAUGUCUUGGCCUGACAACAAUGGCAGUCGCUGGCGAGUACAACAGCUUUAAACACCAGCCAACAGGCCGAUUGCAGGUAUAUUUUGUCAGGUGCUGGUACGUCUUUGUACACCACUCCUUCACUGCCCCGUUGAGCAGGUAUUAACAGGAAGGGAAGAGCCUGUCUACCUAGAGCAGUCAAGAGACUUUCAGUCAAGCACAUUCCACAACGUAGAGAAGACAAACAGGUGAUUUUGAGAGCAUUAUUUUUUCAAGCAGAUGUUCCUGCCAUUUAUUUCUGAAAGAGUUUAAGGCGAGUCACCCCAAAGCAGAAGGAUCAGCUUUCUGUGUUGACAAACAGAGAGAGGCAUGAGUGUUUCUGUGUUCACGUUAAAAAGCACUAAAAUGUUAAAACCACAGAUUUUCUCUCCUUUGCCUUGCCUUCAUAGCUAUUUAUUGUUUCUGCUCAGAUGUACACCUUUUAAUGUAAAUAGUUUUCAGAAAGAUCUCUAUGUCUAUCAGCAGAUGUAUUUAUUAGAUAUACUGAAUAUAUAGAUGAAUAUAUAAAAUAUAUUUAGUCAUAGCUUAUGUUAUUCUCGUGAGGUUUAUUGAGAUUUUCUUAUAUGUAGUUUGUUUGCACAGCCAAGUCAAUCCCUAGAAUAUUUAGAAAUGUCUGUUGUGCCUCGAGGCCUUUGUGGCUGUUAAAUUUGGCACGGUGCAUCUAGGAAAUGAAAUUUCUUUGUGGUAGAAUUGAAUUUUUAGCUGCUUAAAAGCCGUCCAGGGGUGGGGGGGUGUCUGACCAAUUUAGGUAAAUGUGAACUAAAACGUGUAACCGUGAGAGAAGUUGGUGGUCAGGUUGAGAGAGGCGAUUCUUCCGGCUGUUGGCAUCAUCCCUGUGCUCAGGAAUCUCUGACAAAAUGGCUGCUCAGCCUCGCGAGAUAUUUGCAGUCUUUUGUGGGGUUUCUGAAUCAUCACGGGUAGGGAGAAGAUUGCAGAUAUUUGAAUGUAGAUCAACUCUGCGGUGUAGCAACAUGGUGCCAAAGGACGCUCCUGUUCGUGCGUUCGUCUCGUAAAUCUCAGCUGAAGCAUGAAGAUGGUACACCAAAAAAAAAAAAAAAAAAAAAAUUAAAAAGGAUAAAAACAUAAAAUUAGAAAACUGUGUAUACGAUUGUUUAGUCUUUGAGUGGCAUGCUGCUUAUUUUUGUCAUUUUGAAAGAUUUUUAAAUGGAGAAGAACUGUGUAGCAACGCUACUGAAAAGUAGGUGUGAGUGGGCAGGUGUGUUCAAUGAAAUGCCAUCUGUCUGUGCAUGUAUGUGUGUGUGUGUGUGUUUAUCUCGUCACUGUCUUCAGAGAGAAAGUUUUGGGGUGGUAGGGGGUGGGUGGAUUUAAAAAUUGUAAGGCUACAGUUCUGUUUUUAUUUUGUUUACAAGUAAAAUGCAAAAACAAAGAUAAUUUCUUAAGCUGAACAUUAAUGUCCAAGAAAAUGUUUCUCACUUUUCUCCCCAUACAUUACCUGUUAUCUGCCUUCUGCAAAUCUACCCGUAUUUGUAUUUGUGUGUGUGUGUGUGUGUGUGAACGCUCACAUUUUCUGUAUGCAUUGAUGUGAAUGUCAUGUGACUGUGUGUGAGAGAGUGCACCCAAAAUGUGGCAGAACACUGUACAUUUUUGGGUCAUAUUUAACUUUUGCUCUGCAACCACCCCCACCCCUCCUGCCUCCCGUCUCCCCCAACACGGCAGCCGUGGUGCUCUCAGCAUCUGCCUUAAAAAGCAGAUGAGGAAUCUCUUGAAGAACAAGACUACAGUCAGACCAGUUGUUUAAGCUACAGCUUUUAGCAUCAGCAGAAACUUGUGCUCAUGUGUAUAUUUGGUUUUUGCACAUUUUGUCCCUGCAAUAAACCUGGCUAACAAUGCCUUAAACACACAAAUGUACGACCCAACCGAAGUAUGCAUGGGAGUGUUUAUGAUAUACAGAAAAGUAUCACAAAGGUCGUUUCCUUUCAUCGUAAUGGUCUCAGGCGUGGUGCUUUCAUACAUACAUUACACACACAGACACACUGCGUCAUAAUUCCACGAAUACCCUCACCUGCUGCCUUUCUCCUCAGAAAGGUCAAAUGUCUGUUUUCUCAAUAAUAGACAUUUUCUGCACUUACUUUUUAAGAAUUGGAGAAUUUGGACACUGACAUAAGUAAAUCACUUCAAAUAUGGGGAGAAAUCCCUUUGACAAUGACUUGUGGCGCAGCAAUUUAUAUUUGCCAGUGAUGUUAAAGAAUAAACUAUUUGAAACCCUUGUUUACCUA